AUGACAGUUUCCGCGAGAACACCGAAGGCCAAGUCGAUUCUGUCGCGCAGCGCGCGCGAAACUUCGCUGGAUCGCAGCAGAGAACCUCCGCAGCCUGGUAAGUCCUGGCGGCCGCUGCGGCGCAGCCCAGAACGCAAAAGCCCGGAGCGUCGGCUACAGGUCCGCGACACGAGUACUUCGUCGUCUCGAAGACAGUUGCUGUCUCAGCAGGACAAGGAGAAGCAGAAGGCACCACCUGGGAGUACAACUGCGAUGAAAGGUAGUGGCAAAAGCACAACCACUCGCCUGACUGCCGGGUCCUCCUCAUCUUCUUCCACCCCAUCGAAUCGCCCCGGGACGGCCGGAGCCCCAAAUAGAGCGACCCCGCUUUUCUACACAGAUGACCCACCGAUGGGUUCAGCUGGACCGUCGAACACAGCAGGCCAAAUGCCAGCCACAAAACAGACCUUGGGUUUGGGCAAGAAGCAAGUGGUUAUUUCGUCUAAGGACGCUGAAUUUGAUGACGACACGAAUCAGCCGUUCAGACGCGGCGAUCUUGGCGUCGGUGGUGCAGGCCGGUCUGCCCCGGGUCCAAGGAAAACUAACUUCGUGGAUGCAGACGAUGCCGGGCUGGGUGAGGGGCCAGAAAGUGCGACAGACGGCAAUAUCAAAUCUUCCAGCGCCGCAAGCGGUCCUUCACCAAAGGUAGGCUUAGGCAGUAGCAAUAGCAAACCAAAUGCUUCUGUGCAGAUCCGCAGCGUUGAGGCGAAACGGAUUCAGGUGACUGCAGGCCCCUCGCAGCGGUUUGUGGAACCACCGGAAGAGUCUCCGCGGGAGCCGCUCAUUAUUCGUCGCGCAAAAGCCACGAAACCGCUCGCCGAGAGACUCGGCGUCGCUGGAAAAGUGAAGGAACGAGAUGUAUUGCCGGAUAGCAGCGCAGCUCAACCUCAAGCGGUCGCUAAUACCACUGCUACUCCGAAUUUUGUCGCGGCUCCUACGAAGCUUGGCGCUAGUACUUCUGCCGACCCGGCGGCAGGAGCAACUUCAGCGAUACCGAUCGAUUCCACGUCUGUGUCCUCUGCCUCGAAAACUACCGAUGCCGACCAGACACGGGCACGCUCCUCGUCUCCGAGCAAAAACGACGUACAGGGCGUCUCGGAGCGUCUGGAGGCCCGCGGGUUGCGUGUGUAUAACGCGCUCAGCUGCACAAAGUCAGUAAUUUUUAAAAACCUCGACUAGCUAUCGAAAGUGCUCACUUUGAGCGCGUUUUUUUUGAUGAAGGUAACUAUGAAGCUAGCUAGCUCACAUGCAGGCUUUCUCCUCGCGGAUGCGUGGCGUAGCUGUUUGUGCUUGGUCCUUCGCGGUCGGGACGAAGCGCAAAAAGAUGAAUUCCUUUGAGCUCACGACAGCAUGCGGAUUAACCUCAGAAAGCGGGGCUUUUCCUCAGGUGCACAACCCCAAAGCCUCAGCGCGCCACUUUUGAACAGCUUUAAACGUCACGACAGCAUGGGGAUUGAGCUCAGAAAAUGCGGCAUUUUCUCAGGUGCACAAUCCGAGAGGCGAAAUCCGAGAAGUUGACAACUUUUAAAUCUCACCACAGCAGGGGGAUUCAGCUCCAAAAGCAAAAGCCGCCCAACUCCUCAGGUGCACAAAAAUUAGCAAUCUUGCCACUUUCCCAUGCACUUUUUUGCCCCUUUUAUGAAGCCAAUCCCCAUGCUAUGGUGAUUUGGUCCUUGAUUCACUAGGGGGGUCCCGAGGGGGGGUCCCCUAGCGCAGGCCUAAAAGUGCCAUCCUUUUUGGUUGGGCUCCUCUUGGGAAAAAAACCGCACACCUGGACUUCCGCAUACCAUGCGGACAUUGGGCCGGGGAGCUACAAAACCUGCGCGGAGUGCUACUCUUUUUCUCCUUUUCUUCUAGGGCAGGGCAGCGGACUGCUGGUUCUAGAAGAGAAAAACUUUACGGAGGUAUACGACCAAGCAGGGCUUCGCGAAAUUGUGCUCGCGCCCAUGUCCCGGGCCAUCAGUUCGCGGUAAGGACGGUUGGGGUUGGGGUUGACGAUGCUCGUUUCCUCUUUUGCCAAGUCCUCCGCGCAUCCGCGAGGAGGCAGCCCACUUUUCAACUGGCUAGCUAGUCAUCGUGCUAAAUACAGCAGUAGAUAGUUUUUGAAGUCGGUUUUCGUAGCUAGUCGAGGUUUUUAAAAUUUCUUUGAUUUGUGCAGCUGAGCCUCUUAUAGUGUGCGAGAGCGCUUUAACCAGACGCAGCCGUUGCUUACGAGCCUGAAGGGCGAAAUCAGUGCGAUCUUGAACGAGCGGAAAAAUCUGCUGUACGGAAGUAGUGGUUUGAGAGCCACGACGAGCCCCAGUGCCGCGAGCGCGGGCGUUGCGAAGGG